AUGAGCGCCGCCCACCCAACAGCCACGAUAAUCGCCUCCGACCUAACAGUCUUCGACUCAGGACUCGGACAUCUCGGACUUCCAAACGUGGAAUUCCAACUCGCCGACGCCCGCACGGAAUGGACAUACCACGAUCCAUUCGAUUUAAUCCAUUUACGCGGGCUGUCAGGUGCGUUUCAAGAUUGGGACGCGAUAUAUACCCAGGCCUUUGCGCACUGUAAACCCGGAGGGUAUAUCGAAGUCGCAGACGCCGAUCCCGCCGCAGACACAAUCGCCUUUUCUCCGCUUAAACUGCCAGGAAGUGAAGCCGAAAUACCAGCGCUACGCAAGUACACAUCUGCACUGCUCGACGCGGCCAAAGCCGCGGGAUACCCGCGCGACCUGGCCCAUCUCAACACCGACGCGCUGGCUGCGGCAGGCUUCGUGGAUGUCCGUGUUCUAGAACGGACUAUCCCAAUUGGUUUGUGGCCGGAAGACGUCGAUGAGAAAACGCUAGGCAAAAUGGCGCUGAUUGCGGUAGUGGAGGGGUUAGAGGGGUACGCGUUGCGGCCGUUGACGGUGCAUGGGGGGUAUACUGUUGAAGAGGUAAAGGAAUUGUGUGGGGCUGUUAGGGAGGAGCUUUUAGGGGUUAAUGGGUUGACGGCGAAGGUGAGGAUUGUCACGGGGAGGAGGCCUGUUUCUUUUGCACAGAAGAAGGUGGACUUGUUGGCGAGGGUUAUGGCUAGGGCGAAAGUUUUGCAGGAGGAUGUUGAAGCGGAUGAGUAG